AUGUCAUCAAAUUUCACAUUAGCUAAUAUGAUCAUUCCAUCAGUUAAAGCUCCUUUUAUGUGCAUCAUUUCAAAAUUACGCCUACAAAUGUGGUUAUUAUCAGUUUCUCUGAUCAGUACACAAGUGUUAAUACCUUUAAGAUCUACAGAAGAUUCAGAUAUGGAGACGAAUAACCGUGCGAAAGUUCAAGAAUAUUGGAGUGACUAA